AUGGCGCUGGGCUGGCGAGCGGCGGGCAGCGGCCCGGAGGCUGCGCCGGCGCCGACGAUUAUGCAGCCAGGCCACGCGACGCGACGUCUGCGGCCGCGGGGUCAGCCGGGAGAGCUUGUGGUUGUUGGAAGUGGUUGCAGCUUGGAACAGAACCCGGGCCCUCCUCGUACACUGACCGCUGAGAUGCGAGCGUCGCCCGCUGAUUGGCAGCCGCGACGCGUACUGUGCCCGGCGCCUCCGCCGCCGCCGCCGCCGCCGCCGCCGCCUCCGUCUAUUUCUGUGCGGGCGGACGGUCGGUCGAUCGGCAGGCGCCGUGUGUGCGCCUCGCUGGAGCGACGACCGCAGGCGGGCGGCCGCCUCUUCCAGCGGGGAGCGCUGGACAGCCUCCUCGCCAGCGGCGCCUGUAGCUGCCUCACCGUAUCACUAGAGGCACUUCUGGUGAGAGAUUUAGAAGCAAACAAGACUGGAGAGGAAAAGGAUAUGAGGAAGGAUAUAGAAUGA